AUGGACAUCUCCAACAUCUCUGCCGAGUUGAGCACUCCAAUCAAACGGAUCAAAAACCUUCACAUCACCUCGCCAACGUUUCAGUUCGCACCAAAGAAUUUGUAUCCCACGUUGAAUGACUUGGACACAGAAAUGGCCAAUAAGGGCUAUUCCCGUAGACUCACCAACAACGUAUUGGAUGAGCUUGAUGCUAGAGCUUCAGAGAUCUCUCGCUACAUGAGCCCCUUGAAUAAUUCGACUAAUAUAAUGAGUCCCGGACACAGUUCUGGUGCACUGGCUAGCUGUUCCGGAUCCGGAUCCGGGGCCGGAGCCGCCGCGGCCCGACGUAAACGGUACUCAGGAGUCCAUCGAGACCGUUUCAAUAAGAUGGACCUGAUUUCCAGUCAUUAUGCUGCUUCGAGAGAUCACCAUGUAAGACGUCCUACCACCACCACCACUCCCGGUAGUUGCACUCCCUCCGGCGUCCAAGUGGAAGCACAAACCCCUCACCCCAUGAUCCGCAAUGAAGUCCAUCAUCAGAACAUCCCCACCAAAAUGGAUAUCGAUGAUAAGCGAGAACCUGAGGAAAUCGUCUCCAGUGUCACCAAGAGAAGAAGAACUUUGCAUGGACCCGAGGAGGUCAUCCCUGUCUCUGUACUUCAAUCGAGUCCUACCACCAGUGCUGUCCCUCAUCCAAUUCUCCACCCACCUUCUCCAUGUCCUCAAACAAAGGCUCUGGUCUCUCCAGUCCAUUCCAUCAACAGUAGUCCUAUCCGGAAAAUCUCCCCUUCCAAGGGGAGCAUGAAUUUGAAUCAACUUCUUAAUAACACGGCCUCCUCAGCUUCUGCAUCCACUUACUCCUCAGCAGCCCCAACUUACUCCUCAGCUUCAAUGUCAGCCUCGGCUUCGGCCUCGGCCUCCACCCGCCGAGAAUUCCUCAAACCAAGACCCGUACUCAAACCUCACGCCCAACCCCAAUCUCCUGGACGAGUACGGAUCUCCUCCUUAGAAAUGGCUGGAGUCAAAUCAACCAGCAACGCAAGCAUCAACUCAUUCAUAAAGGCCCCCUCACCACCAUCUUCCUCCACCACCCCACAACUCCACAAGAAACCUUCCUACACUUCGCUUGGCUCACACCCUUCCCUCCACCGCAAGACGUCAAUCCCGGUCAUGAACAACCUGGCCACCUCCUCCACCUCCACCUCCUCCCACAUGCCGGCACCCUCCAUCCCAACCCUCAAAAAGAAAACAUCGAUACCCACGCUCCAAAAGAAGCCAUCCAUCCCAACUCUUUCCAGAAAGUCCAGUCACUCAACACUAGCCGAUACCCACUUCUCCCACCAGUUCACCCCGCAUGUGACCACCCCAAAGCCGUUCUCGCUCUACAACAAGCCCACAAUCUCCUCGUCUCAGAAGUCCAUAGACAAGCAGACCACCGCACACCCCGCCGCCCCAGCACGCCUGUUGAAGCACAAGAGCUCAAACUCCUCGUUGCCCCCUACAAAACGUACCGAGUCUCGGUUCCUGCGUCUCAUGAAGUUGGGCUCCAGCAGAGACAAGCCCUCGUCCGCGUGGUAG